UGAAAUCGAUGGGCAAUGCAUCGCAGAGAUGCAAACAACAAAAUAUUAAUAUAAAUUAUAAAAUUAACAAAUAAAACAAUUCCAAUUCCCAUGCUCAAAUUAAGCAUUAAGAAUCUUGUGAAGUUUCAAUUAAAUCAGUAUGGAUAAAAACGAGUACGAAACUUAUGAAUAUCUGCCUACCAGCUAUGUUAAUGAAACGGACACGAGUCAGCUGUUAGUCGUUCAAGAAGAUGGCACAUUUCUUUGCUUUGACAGACCAAUCCAGUAUGUAACGCAAGUGGAAGAUGGGAAGGAUGUGCUGGAGGGUGUGCAAGGCUGCAAUGUAUACAAUGUUGUUCCGCAGCAGCUUUACAUAGAUGGAGACAACUCUUCUGAAUUAAUAUCUGCUGUGCAGGACCAAUUCACAUUGCCAGAUGAAGAUAACAAUAGCUAUGCAAACAAUUAUUUACUACAAGAUGACGAAAAUUCCAAAGAAGUUCCGAUGGAACAAGAUGAAGUUGUUCAAUACAAAGAGGUCACUACAAAUAAUGAGGAAGUUGAUAUUAAUGACACAGAUAUUGAAAGUGCAGCAGACAAUAAUUCUGGUGAUUGUACUGAAAUAACUCUAAAUGAUGAACAAUAUCAAAUACUAGAACAAAAGGGUUGGAUCUUGUUGGAAAGUAGUGACAAAACAUUUUUAUUAGACUCCUCUGGACUACAUGAUAUUACCGCAGAUGAAAAGCUAAUCCUUAAAUUGAAGUGUGAACUUCAGGAGAACAUGGAAGAAGAGGGAGCAUCAUGUUCCAUAAAAGUCGAUAAAGUUCAAAAUAAAACUACUGAAAUUAAAUUAGAAAACAUGCAGCCUGAAACAGAAAAUAUUGUUGAAGAAGACAUGGCAGGUUAUAUCAUCGAGGAAGAGGGAAUCAUAGAGCAAGAAGAACCAGAAGAAAUGAAUUUCACAACCAACCAACAAGGAACAGUAAAAAUUAAUACUGAGCAAACAAUUGAGGAAGAGUGUGCCGACGCAGCAGAUAUUAUAACACCGAUUGAGGCUGAGCAUGAUUAUGUCAAAUUGAACUCCGUUAAAGACUCAUAUGUGAAGAGACAAAGUGACACAAUUAAAGUAAAAACCAAAUUCUUAUUUAAAAAUGUUCCGCCGGAAAUAGUGUUAGGAAAAUUUAACGGUAAGAAGCUAAUAGCAAGAGUUGUAAAGACUGAUAGGCCGGUCAGGAAAUUAGGAACAAAUAAUAUACACGAUGCCCAGAUGGCCACAACCGAACAACCAGGUUUUGCAGGCUUAGAUGAUGACAAAUUCGAGGUUCUGAUACGCGAAGCGGUCCGUGGCACGACCGAGUGCGGCGUCAAAGACGUGACGGCCGCCGAGAUCGUGGUGGGGCAGCUGUCGCGCGUGCCCGCCUUCAGGCCCGCCGUCAUGGAGCGAGGACUCAUUAUUACCAAGGUGAUUAUACAAGAGCAUGAAACGGGGGAUCUGUACAGUGAGAGCAAUCCCUCACUGGUGACAGGACGGGCAAUCAGAGAGAAAGACAACUUCAACAACUGUCGUUUCAGAUUUAUACCGGAAAUGCUCCGGAAAUUGGCAUACAUUCAAGAAUAUGAAAAUGACGAAGAUUAUGAUGGUGAAAGUAACCUUUAUGAUUUCUUGCACAUUCACAUUCGGGAAACUAAAUCAAUAGAUGGCAUCAUUAGGAUCUCUAUUACGUUGAAUAAGAGACAUAUCCCAUUAAAUCUAUUUACUGAUAAUAACGCUAAACUCCCAAACACAAUAUACGCGUGUAGCUCGUGCGCGAGCGUGUAUAAGACUGAGGAGGGUUUACGGCUGCAUCAAGAGACUGAAUGCGUCACAACUGAAACCGAAAAUACUUUAACUAUUGAUCCAGAUGAGGCGAAGAAUGCAUACACCAUAAUUAACUUAGGUAAAGACACUAAACAAUAUGGUUGCAAUGUGUGUAAUAUUGUUUAUACAAAAUUGGAUAACUGCCAGGAGCACAUAAAAACACAUUUUAAGGAAGAGUCAGAUAGUGAAAGAACAUCGAAACAGAUAGUACGCAGUGAAAUUAAGAAAACUCUGAGCCUCUACAGGUGCAAAAUGUGUAACCGUGCAUUUUUGGACGCAUGUGCUCUAUCAAAGCAUAUUGUGACGAAACAUAUACAACACUUAGAUGUUAAGCAGAGUCUAGACUAGAAUAAUAAUAAUAAAUUAUAAACUAUAAUGCCUAAUAAAUAUUGAAAAGAUG